UUAGAUAACGCGCAGGAGCAACCCAGUGUGUUGAGUGGCUGCAUUUGCUUCCCUUCAGCCUGGGAAUGUACACACAUUUGCCGGUGCUUUUCUGUGCGGUUUGAACGGAGGGCAAAACAGGACAGGGCAAAGCGUGACCCUUGGACUGCGGGCACUGUUCAUUCAGACCUCAGCCAUGGGUGAGGGAAGGGGUUGAGCCUACAGUCACUUCAACCCGCACACGGACAUUCCGGGGGAUAAACCCAACCUAGUGGCUGUCAAAUACACGGCAGUGCACAAUGGACACGCUACAUCGGUCUGAAAAAUUGCUGCAGCGUGUUAAGCGUAGAUUAGAUUCAGGGGCGAGCCGGAGCGAAAGUCUUUGCAUAAGCAGGUCGAACAUGAUGCUACUCACUCAAGGACGAGCCCGGGUGCAGUGGAGUGAUGUGAUUUUUUUGUUUUUUCCUAAAUAAAAUACACGUUCGUAGCAGCUCUUGGGACUCUCUCGCUCGUCCACUUGCAAACUGACACAAGGCUCGCUCUGAACAUUGUCAACGACGCGUUGCCAAAGACUAACUGAGUGGAGCGGCGAGGGGUGCAUUUUGUACGUGUGUGUGUGUGCGUUCUGUAACGCUGCUGUUCCUCAACCCUUCCAGCUGGCUUUGGAAAAGGAGCGACGCCGAGGUGACUGGGGGCGCAGGGUAACCUUUCGGUCACACUCAGAAGGACCCGCGGUGCUACCUUCAUUUCCGAGCCGCGGGCGGAGACCAUGAACGGCUUGGCUCCAAAGCUGCCUUCGGAGUGUGUACACAGACUGGAUGUCGCCUGUUGCAGCGAUCGCUUGAAAGCGUGAUCCUUCGUCUUCAUUUAAAAUUACCGCUUGGGAAGAGCCCCACCCCCCUCCUUCCCCUUCUCCCACCCAACCCCCAACCUUUUUUUGGCUUUGCUAAGUUUGUGUUUUCACUCCGUGAUCGCCCAACACACGUUUGCAGCCGGCAGUUGCAUGUCGCGGCCAUUGCGACUUUGAGGCAGGUUCUGGCCUCAGGAUAAACAAAAACAGUCAAGUUGUCUUAAAGACAACAGACGGACAGCUCUCCCCCUCCAUCACCAGCACCCCCUUCUGUGCUAUUUCCAUAACCCCGCGGUUUCCUAGUUUGUGCGUCGACAGAGACAGAGAGAGAGAGAAAGGUUCGACUUGCCUCAUGUCCCGAGGAACAAGUCGCCAAAAGGACAACUUCACUGUGAAGAGACUCAAAAGUAUUUCUGGAAGAUUCUAACACCCCGUGGACACACACACACACAAAAGUUUGCGGGACCAGUUGAAAUUGGGAGCUGUUUUACCGUACGGUCGUUCCACUGCAGUUUAAUGAGUUGCGACUGUAUUUUAAUCGUUCAGGCGGGAUGAUGAACGCUGAACUGUCAUUGACUCUCUGUCCCUGGAUUCUGAAGCGCUACUUCCUCGCUUCCCUGAUCUUUUUCUUUCAGCUUUCUCAGGGCCAACUCCAGAAAUCAGGCGGGAGAUCGGUUUUCGAGACGGGGACUGACGACUGCCAUGAGAUCUGUUCGUGUCGACUACCCCCGUUACCCCCUCCACCGCCACCCCCUCCACCACCCAGGCAAUUCGUGUUUCCAACUGUAAAACCCACAGAUUAUCCUCCAUUAAAACCCUGGUGGACGGACAUCGUCAUUUUAAUUGCAGUGAGUUGCGCCAUUCUUGCUUUCCUGGUGAUAGCAGUCAUUAUCUGCUACAAAGCAAUAAAAAGGGUUGGACAGCUUGACGAGAAUGAACUACACCUUCAAUGAUAUGAAGCUUGACAGAAUGUCUGACUUAUGAACUAAAAUAUAAUUAUUCUGCACUGCCUAUGUCAUGGAUCCAAGUUUAUCUGGGUCUGUGAAUCAAGAUAUGACUUUACUAAUUUCAAGGGCGAUUGAAUGUUGUUUGAUCAUGAAAAUGUCAGAAAUGAAAACAACCAAACUCCAGAGAUAACAAAACUACAAAGAUUUCAUAAAAAUACCAUACCCUUCAAUAUUAAGGUCAAGAUUAUGAACAUUCUUAAUGAUAAGUAAUUAACUGGAAUCAUAUCAAGCCAUCUCAUACAAUUUAAAUAAAAACUAACUAGGAACCAAAAGUAGGAGGGAAUUAAUUUCAUUAUAACAAUAAAAACUGCACGGACAAUGCAUUCUGGGGUGUAAGAUGAAUUAUUUCUUAUAUAAUAUUUGAAAUGCUCAAACCCAUGAGUCACUACAAAAAUAAGUAUCUGUUUAUAUAAAGCUAGUGUUAAUUUUUUAGAAUACAACCAUUAUUGGCAGUGAUAUUUCCAUAAUUUGCAUGUUGAGCAUGAUACGAAUCUUACACCUUGAACUAAGUGAACCAAACACACAGGGUUGGGUUUUCAUGGGGGAGCUUGGAAGUUCCAGUCAUGAAACAUUCUGAUCUAGCAGGCACAUCUCAUUAAAGGGCCUACUCCCCUACUGCCCUUUCAUUGCCAGGCACAGGAUAGAAUCAGGCCUUUUGCCUCUAAAUGCAGUAGGAGGCAGACGAGUAUAUUGCCAGCAAGAGCCAAGGUGUGCUGAUUACUACGUUCACCUCAGUCCUCUGGGACUUUUGUCCAGUUGUAUUAAAGGCUUUUAGGUUUCUCACCCUCACCAUCCCCAUGACCUUACAUGAAAUUUAAGAAAAAUUAGCGCUCUCAUUCAAACAUGCUUGAUACUGAAGAAAAAUCUGAUACAUGAAACCCAUUUAAAAAAAUCAAAUGCCAUCCAGUAAUUAAUAUGUUCUAAAAACAAAUAAGCAUCUAUUUCACUAACUACAUUAAAGGCAAAUUAAUCCUUCAAUAACAUCAAAAUACCUAUAUAGUCCCCUGCUGAGCUGAGAAGUUUUAGACCUUUUGACACUCAGCUAAGUAUUGAUCAACUCAUCACAACAAUAUACCUUGGAACAUCUAAAUAAUGGAGUGUACUGAAAUGCCAAAACAGGGGGCUGCAGCAUUGACCUUCAGAGAAUGCAAGCUAACCAUGUGUUUUUUUAAACUGUAAUUGAAAGCUGCAUGCUGUUCUUUUUUCCAAAUUUAAAGGGCUAGAAAUUUAAAUCACCUCAGCUCAGGACACUAAAUGGGCUUUAAAUCUGUCCUUCACUAGCAUUUAAAUCCCCUUCAUAAAAGCACAGAUCCCAACUACUGGACAUUGGAACAAUGGAAUUUAGGUGUAUGUGUACUUAGCAAUCAAAUCAACUGGUCCUGCUGAGUUCAUGCUUUCCCACCUGUAAGUCCACAACUCUUGCCACCAUCACUCUGCUGGCAAAUGAGGUACGCCAGAACUGCAGGCUGAACUUUUACAUCUAGGUUCCUCCAGCUACUUUUAAAGAUCAUCCCAUCUGGGCUAUGUAUGUUUUAAUUCAAAUGAUUUAGAAGUGUUUCAUACAAUAAUGGAUUUAAGACGUUUUGUUUUCGUUUUCAAAACAAGCAUAACUCAAAUAUAAAUUUCCCACAACUGACUACUAAAAUUAAUUCAUAUCCUAAAAUUCUGUGAUGUAGAGCAAAUGUUUAUUAAAAGGAGAAUGAGUGCCAUCUAGUUAGCACAGGCAUCUAAGUCUUAUGUAAAAACAUGAACUCUCACAUCAGACAUAAUAAAAAUGUAAUUACCUUCACGAAGAUGGUUGAGUUGCAUUCCUGCAGAGCCUCCAUCAGGCUGAUAACAUGGAGGCAAACCAUUUCUACCAUCUGCAGCACAGGAAAGGAAUUUUCACUUGAGAAAAGGUUAAAACAAAAGCCAGUAGGUUCAGCCAGCCCCACACUUUGUUAUCUUGGUUUGAAAAAACCAUUGGUUUUGAGAGUAUUAUUCAAUAUGUGUGCACAAAUGCAAAAUGCUGGAAAUCUGGAGUAAAACUGAAAAUGCCAUUAAUAUUCAGCAGAUCCGGCAGUAUUCAUGGAGAGAAAAGGAGCGAACAUUUUGGGUCAUUAGCCUUUCUUGAAAGGCCUUAAGCAUGAACAUUGCUUCUUUCUUGAGGCACACCACCUGACCUGAUAAGUGCUUCCAGCAUUUUGUUUUUAUUCAACACACUGGACUCGAUUUAGAUGAUCAACUUAAGGAUAUGUCUAUAAUCAACCACAGAAUUUGUUACACAAUCAAUGUGCCCACGUCAGCUUAUGUUUCACUUUUCUCCUUUACCCUGUAGACCUGAAAAUAUUUUCUCUAUGGGUAAUUAUUUGCAAGAGUCAAUUGAAUCUGCUCUACCACACUCUUAGAAUUGCAGCAGUGCAAGAAGCUGGGUUGCCAACAGUUUAGAGCAUUGAACACAGAACUAGCCCUUUGGCCCAUGAUGUUGUGCCGAACGUGACACCAAAUUAAACUAAUUCCUUCUCAACUGCAGUUACGGAAAGAGUUUAAAAAACAGAUCAAACCAUUUACUGAAUUAAAAAAAGAUUUUUUUUAUCACCUUUGGUUCAUUUCCUUUAAAUUUGGUUUUCAAAUAGUGACUAAAGGCAUAAUUCUCUCUGGCCAGACAACUCAUGAUUUUGGUAUCUCCACAGCACCUCAUGGUGGCUCAGCAGUUAGCACUGCAGCCUCACAGCACCAGGGAUCUGGGUUCGAUUCCAGCCUCGGACGACUGUCUGUGUGGAGUUUGCACAUUCUCCCCGUGUCUGCGUGGGUUUCCUCCGGGUGCUCCGGUUUCCUCCCACAGUCCAAAGAUGUGCAGGCUAGGUGGAUUGGCCAUGUUAAAAUACCCGUAGUGUUCAGGGGUGUGUGGGUUAUAGGGGAAUGGGUCUGGGUGGGAUGCUCCAAUGGUCGGUGUGGACUUGUUGGGAUGAAGGGCCUGUUUCCACACUGUAGGGAAUCUAAUCUAAUCUAAAAUCUCCUCUCAACAUUCUCUUCUUUAAAUAAAACAGUCCAAGCUUCCCUAAUUUACCCAAGUAACUCAGUCUCUUAUCCCUUGUACCAUAUCCUUGAGCCUUUCUGUACAUUCCCUAAUGUUUCCCACCCUUUCUAAACUGUGGUGCAUAGAACACAGUACUCCAAAUGAGGCUGAACCAAUGUCUUAUAAAGGUCAACUAUAACUCCCAUGUCUUUGCAUUCUUUUAGCCAAAGUAAAGAACAACGGGUACAAAUAUUCUGCUUGUUACUCACCAUUUUGUUGUGUACCAUCAGCUGUAAAAUGCUAGGUGUCACCCGACUCCAGAAUUCAAGGGCAGUCAAAGUGGCUGUGCAGACAAACUCAUUCAGGCUCUGUAGGGUUGGGGCAGAAGCAGCUUGUUCACAGUAUACUGUCCAAAGCUGUGCAAAUAUGAAUGCAUGGAAUAGGGAGCACAUGUGCAAUACAGAUGUCUAUAAAUAA